AACGGGGGAAAUAAUGAUUCUAUCAAAAUAACUGAAGAUUUUGAGCAAAUGCACAAAUUUGACUUAAGGAUUGCUGAGAAUGGGCACUGUACAUUAUCUUGUUCUGAAAGUCCAUUUGGAUGUAAAAUAGAUUGGUACAAAGAUAUGAAGUUAUUGAACACAUCAUACCGAAAUAACAUGGCUGAUAAGAGAGAAGAACCUCAUAUCACUAUUGAUCUAUUUGAUACACUAUACAUUUUACAUGCAACUAAAAACGAAGAAGGCAAUUAUACAUGCACAAUAGAUAAUGUCAAAGCUCGAGAAUAUUCCAUUAAAGUGGUGUCAAUGGCUAAAAUGUUGAAUCAAGAUUUUAUUCGCUAUUCUAUCUAUUUGGGAUUUAUACUAUCAUUAACGUUCACAUGCUACUGCGCUGGUUUGUGUGUAGCUUGGCACCGAAGAACAUCUUUUGCAGAUCCGAUGAAUCUCAACUAUGGAAAAAAGUUUCAUAAUGGUGGUAAUUGUGAACGUGAAACACUUUUAAACAAAGAUUAUUAUUAAUAAAUAAUAAAGGACGUGA